CACUCGUGGCGGCCGGAGGCGCGGUCGUGCGGGGCGCUGGCAGGGGCGGCGCCGCCGCGCUCGUGGGGCUCCGUGCCGUCCUCGCCCACGCACCACGGCUCGUGCGGGGCGGGGACGGGGCCGCGGGCGUCGCGCGGCGGCUGGCCGGCGGCGUCGCCUCGGGACGGCGCCUGGCCCGGGGACUCACAGGGCAGCGUGGCGGCGUCGCGCGGCAGCCUGGGCCUGGGCCUGGGCCUGGGCUUGGGCCAGGGCGCGGGGCGGCGGGCGGGGCCUGGCGCGCCCACCUCCCCCGCGGCCACUGGACGCCUCAAGCCGCGCAACAGGGUCACCUUCGAAGAAGGAGGAGGAGCACGACGCGUGCAGCCUGGCCAGUCACUGCCCGACUUGCGCUCCGAAUGGGAUCCCGACAGCGGCGACUCGACCGACUCGCUCAUAGACGAGGCGGAAGAGUACCUCCGGCGCUCCAUUGACUCGAUUCUGACCGGCGCGGACGUGGGGCGAGUGGGGCGGCGACGUCAGCUGCGGCGCUAUUCAGAGCCCGAUCCUAUAAGAGAACUUACCCCACCGCAGUCUGCGCAGCCCUUCCUGCCCAAAGUGCCCCGAGACCUCAAGCUCGAUUAUUUCGUGAAGGUGAUCACAGCAGAGGGCCGAGUGAUGGUGGGCCGCGUCCGCUAUGUGGGGGCGGUGCCCGGGCGCAGUGACCCGCAUGUUGGAGUGGAGCUACCCAAAGCAGCUGGCGACUCAGAUGGCUCAUAUCAAGGCAGGCGUUUCUUUGAUUGUGAUCCUGAUUAUGCAUUGUUUGUUCCCUUCAAGAAGGUAGUUAUGGCAUGGAGUGUCUGAACUUUUGAAGACCUCCAUAUAUACAACAUGAAGUCCUUCAAAAAUGUGAAGGUGUAUGAGGUCACUCAGUUUGAGCUGAUAUUUAUUUCUCUCACUCCCAAAACUACCACUGCCCCUUUGGUGUACAAUCAGCAUAGCUUUAUUAUGUGUUCCUUAAGAAGGUGUAUGCUAUGUUCAAAUUUCCAAAUGCAAUGCAUGUGUGUUUUGUUUGUGUGAAAUGUUGAGUCCUCUUAUAUACAUUAAAUGACAAAAAUAUACUUGUGACAAUGUACCUGUGUCUUUUUGUGCAUUCCACUUUUCUCUAUUUGACAGUUCUUGGAAUUUGAAAUUAGAGACUAAGAAGAGUGUACCCAUAAUGUUGCUGUGAUGCCUAAACAUUUCUGUGAUAUUCCAGAAAGAGACCUCACAAUAGUUAGCAUUCCACAGUAGAUAGCCUGGUAUGUGUUGGAAAUUUCAUGAUAAGAAUUUUCCCUGGCCUGAUUCUUGGAUCUGUCAAAUGCUGAGUGAAUUGGAGUAAUUUAUUCAUUUGAAUUAACUGAAUGAAAAUUCUAUACAAUUAUAUGCCAUUUUUAAAAGGAAGAAAUUUAAUUAAACAACUACAAUAAAAUUGAAAACUACGAAACAUCAUUUAUAUUUACAGAAGACAUUCUGUGGAGACAAUUGGCCUACAUGAUGAAUCUUUAUUGUGCAAUUAAAUACUACCUAAAAAUAGUGAAGUCUCAAUAAUAAAAGUUUUGGAAGUUCCUUGUUUUAAAUCAAGUCUAAAUUGUCAUUAAAAAUGCAUAGAAAUAAUUGAUCAUUACAGUUACUAUGUAUUUGUGUUUACUGAUAUAAAAUUGCCUAAAUUAUUCAGAUCCUUAUCUUUUGUUCACAAUAUCUGGAAGUGUUUAGUUUUAAAUAUAAAUGUCAUAAUGAGUAAUCUCAAAGAUACUCUUAUCACUUUUUUAAAUGCAAAUCAGAUUUGUUCUAGUUGAUCUUCCAAUCAAAACAAACUUUGCUCAAUGACAUGACAUAACUUGUGCCACUUGUAAAUCUUAUUGUGAAUAUACUGAAAAGGAACAAAUGAUUAUUUGAAAAAAAGUAGAUCGAAGCAUAAAUAAGAGUUUCUAUAAUUUUAAUUUUUUUUACUAAUAUUAUUCUUACAUCACAUUUCUCCCAAAAAAGAAAUAGUUACGUUCUAAAUGGAGUAGAAAUAUCUUGUGUAAACUAUAUUGAUUUUAAUAAUCUAAUGAAUUGUGAUUCUUCAUUUUACCAUAAUCACAUCAUUGGCAAAUAUUACAAAAUAUAGCUGCUUCAAAAGAAAAUCACAACUAAAAAAUUUCAAUUUUUUGCUUGUGCUAUUAAAAUACAAUAAACAAGUCUAAUUGAGAUGGUUGAAUGAGGAAUAAUGUUAAAUUUUGCUGUUGUUAUGAAGCACUUGUGUAUUUUUCUAACUUCAAAGGUCUCUUGGAAGAAAGAAAAAAAGGUUUUUUGACUUCAGAAGUUUAGUUUCAAAAGCAGCAAUAUCAUGUUUUAAAAAUUGCCCCUUGCUAUCACAGUGAACUUAUAUAAUAAUUUGAGCUAUCUGUAUUCAAUGAGAAGUAGAUAUCUAUGACUUACUGCUCUUCCAUUUCCAAAUAGAGUUGUAUUGAGUUCUCUAAACUGUCAACAUAGUAAUGCAUAAAAGAAGUGUCAGAAUUAAACUACUGAAAUUUUGUUGUAAAAAUCAAACGAGUUUGGAAUGAAAUUCAUUACCAACUCUCAACCCUCAAUACCCCUUAUUACACCCCCACUGUUAUGAUUUUUUUUUUUUUUUUUAUAUAUAUACAAGGACUAAAUAUGUACAGAUAUCAUGAGAACAAAAUGUUAUGUGGUGUCUACUGUCAAUGAUUUAGGAAAAUCUGAUAAACAAACAAACAAACAAACAAAGCCCUUAAAAUCUAUUUUAAAUCAUAUUGAAAUUUAUUUGCAUGUGUUUGCGCAUGGUAAAUCAGUGAAAGAAUAAUCUUAUAAACAAUUAUCAAAAUAUAUAUAAGGACUAUAGAGAAUAGGAAAGAUAAUAGAUUUUAUAUAAAUAAACAUUAUUUAACUCCGAAAAUAUUAAUUGUUAAGUGGAUUAAGUAUUGCUUUUGGUAAAAUGAAGAAACACCUACUUCAUUUAAUAAAUACUUAUCCAGUUAUUUAUGUGUUUGUAUGAUUUGUAAUUGUCAUGAUUUACUCACAUUGCUUGCUACAAGUUGACUACUGUCUUCAGAACUGCACAUGAUAGAGAAGAGGGACAGGAAAUUUGAGAUUUCAGGGAAAUUGUCUUCUUUUGUGAAUUGUUUUGUACAUACAAGAUAAACAUUUUUUUAAAACCCCUCGUUUAAUAUUUUACGAAUAUUAAUUUUGCUUUUCUCUUUCAGCCAAUAGAAAAAAAAAAACAGAAAAUAUUAUGUU